AAUUUCACCAUUUCGAUUUGUACUACGUUUGUGAAAGCCUCAUAGCCGGCACAAUUGAACGCAGACACAAGCCGAUAUAGACGUUUUUAACUGCUCUAAAAAAAAAUAAUUGUGAAUAUUUUUAUUCCCGUUUGUCGCGAGUGAAAAAGUAAAAAAAAAACUUCAAUAUGCGUGAAUGUAUCUCUAUCCAUGUUGGCCAAGCUGGUGUCCAGAUUGGUAACGCCUGCUGGGAGUUGUACUGCCUGGAGCAUGGAAUCCAGCCCGAUGGUCAGAUGCCCUCUGACAAGACUGUGGGCGGUGGCGAUGAUUCGUUCAACACCUUCUUCAGCGAGACUGGUGCCGGCAAGCACGUUCCCCGUGCCGUUUUCGUCGAUCUGGAACCUACUGUGGUCGAUGAGGUCCGUACUGGUACAUACCGUCAGUUGUUCCAUCCCGAGCAAUUGAUCACUGGCAAGGAGGAUGCUGCCAACAACUACGCUCGUGGUCAUUACACCAUCGGCAAGGAAAUUGUUGAUUUGGUCUUGGAUCGCAUCCGUAAAUUGGCCGAUCAGUGCACUGGUCUCCAGGGCUUCCUCAUCUUCCACUCUUUCGGUGGCGGUACUGGCUCUGGUUUCACCUCCCUGUUGAUGGAGCGUCUCUCCGUCGACUACGGAAAGAAGUCCAAGCUGGAGUUUGCCAUCUACCCAGCCCCUCAGGUCUCCACCGCUGUGGUUGAGCCCUACAACUCCAUUCUGACCACCCACACCACUCUGGAGCACUCCGACUGCGCCUUCAUGGUCGACAACGAGGCCAUCUACGAUAUCUGCCGUCGCAACUUGGACAUUGAGCGUCCCACAUACACCAACUUGAAUCGUUUGAUUGGCCAAAUUGUGUCUUCAAUCACCGCCUCUCUGCGUUUCGAUGGUGCCCUCAAUGUGGAUCUGACUGAAUUCCAGACCAAUUUGGUGCCCUACCCACGUAUCCAUUUCCCAUUGGUCACCUACGCUCCCGUCAUCUCGGCUGAGAAGGCCUACCACGAGCAGUUGUCCGUUGCUGAGAUCACGAACGCCUGCUUCGAGCCAGCCAACCAGAUGGUCAAGUGCGAUCCCCGUCACGGCAAGUACAUGGCCUGCUGCAUGUUGUACCGUGGUGAUGUUGUGCCCAAGGAUGUGAAUGCCGCUAUUGCCACCAUCAAGACCAAGCGUACCAUUCAGUUCGUCGACUGGUGUCCCACUGGAUUCAAGGUUGGCAUCAACUACCAGCCCCCCACUGUGGUGCCUGGUGGCGAUUUGGCCAAGGUUCAACGUGCUGUCUGCAUGUUGUCCAACACCACCGCCAUUGCCGAGGCCUGGGCUCGUUUGGAUCACAAGUUCGAUUUGAUGUACGCCAAGCGUGCCUUCGUCCACUGGUAUGUGGGUGAAGGUAUGGAGGAAGGUGAAUUCUCCGAAGCUCGUGAGGAUUUGGCUGCCCUCGAGAAGGAUUACGAGGAGGUUGGCAUGGACUCUGGCGAUGGCGAGGGUGAGGGAGCUGAGGAGUACUAGAGAUCCCCACAACAUAAAUGGGAUGAAGCGUCACUAGUGGGCGUCUAAAGACGUCGAAACUAAUGAUUACGCUUCAUUUAAAAAAAAAAAACAAAUGUUCACUGUUUCUACACUGAAAGUAUUUUACUCUGGUAAUCGACUACAUACACACACAACACACAGUCAGCGCUGAAUCGUGUACAAGGAAAUAAAAAAAAAAGCUGACCUUAAAAGCAGUGGAAUAUCUAAAGAA